UUAAGGUUACAGGCUUUGGUGCGUAUGUACUCUUGCAUCUGCACGCAGCACGAACCGACUUCCAGAUUACCCAGAGGAGAUAUACUUGGUGGUGUUGUCAUUUUGGCACGUUUUCAUGGGUUAAAGAACAGCUGUCUUUUCUGUUCCGUCGUAUUUGUUUCUUCAGAAGACAUGAUGUUCAAUAUGAUCAGCGGGCCUCGCGCUGCCUUUGGCAGUUUAAUAGCGCAUGCGCGGAGAGGUGUGCUGAAUACAGGUACAAGGCGGCUGUGUAUUAAACCUCACGAGGGUCCAUCCACACCCCAACAGGCUCAACGUCCUGGGUUUAAACUACCAGGCUACAGCCCAACAGAAUGGGAUGUUAAGAUGUUGCUGUGGUCCGGGCGAUUCAAAACCAGAGAACAGAUUCCACAGUUCGUGUCAUUUGAGAUGAUCGAUGCUGCCAGGAACAGAGUUCGUGUGAAGGCUUGCUAUAUCAUGAUAGGAUUGACUCUUAUGGCGUGCCUCGCUAUGGUUAUCUCAGGCAAAAAGGCAGUAGGUCGGCAUGACAACCUGACUGCUCGUAACAUGGAGAAGAAGGCUCGUUGGAGAGAAGAAGCAAAGAAAGAGAGGGAGGAGGCUGCUGUUGUCGUUGCAGAGAAAGCCCAGUGAGAUCCACCAGAGCCCUGGCUCACUCAACAGCCAGCUAUGCCAUACAACAUUGAGUCCUUGGUGAACUAAUAGUAAUGAUACUUCACAAAGCAAACUAAAGUAGUGUCAAAGUUACUGGUAAAUAACAAGGUGUGAGUUUUUCUUAUGUGCAAUUUUCUAUAUACUUAGAAUAAAAUAAAAAUGUGUUGCAGGA